AUGGCUGUAAAUUCUUACACAACGUUUUCCUGGAGUAUUUUUGAUUACGAAACAGAAUCGACUUGUUCUCCCGCCGAUGAAUAUUAUCUUGAUCAACUAUUCUUCGGAGUUGAAUCGCAUGAUUUAUCGGCUAUCAAGUCUUUUUCCAAUGAACAUUUACGACAUCUAUGUCGUAUUCGUCGAUUUUUCGAUUCAGAAUGGGCAGCACCGGCGAAAGAACAACAAACUGCCUAUCAACGUGCUUGUUUACUUGGCUACACAGACAUUGUACAAUAUAUGUUGGAAGCAGGCGUUCGAGUUGAUCAAUUAUUCUCAUCUACCAAUACUUUGAAUGUUGAACGAGAUGCAUUUAUGUUUGCUUGCCAUUCGGGUUCAUUGGCCACCGUUCGCUUGCUGUUGGAAGCCCUAUCACGUGAUUAUAUUGAACAUUACAAAUCGAGAAACAGACGUGCUCUAUGCUCUACUUAUUUUGCAAGACAACACUUAAUUCCAGCCAGAAGUGAAAUUGAAGCACCAUUUUCUGAUGAAAAUGGUCUCGAAGCUGUCUCUCCUAUUCAUUUUGCUAUUGCUCGAAAUGAUUUGGAGUUGACACGUCAACUCGUUACAGGAGCGAAUGGAGAACUAGAUACAAUCAACGAUUGGGAACCUCUUCGACAUGGAGGUUUUACUCCUUUGCAAAUUGCUUGUUUGUUCAAUCGGUCUCUAGAUAUGAUCAAAUUAUUACUUUUUUUCAGUAGAGUCACUGUUGAUCCUAUACUUCUAACCAGUAACCAAGGGACAUUUGCUGAUCAAAUGACAACGGUUCGAGAAGUGAUUGAAUAUAUUCGACCACAACGUGUGGCUAUUUUGAACGCACAAGAACAGGAACGUUUGAAGGACUUGGAGGAAAUGCAGUCAGGAAGACCUUAUCAAAUUACAAUUAAACCACUCUCUGCUCUUUCUUAUAAUCGUCCAAAAUUCUGUCAAAAUGCAUCAUGGAAUCCAAAUGCUACAACUCUCGCAGAUGUCAGCAUAGUUGGUAAUUACCCUUACGAAAUUUUUGUUAAUACGAACAACACAGUUUAUGUACCCAAUCGAUCCAAUGGUCGUAUUAUCGUUUGGUCUGAAGGAAGUAUUAUACCAACAGAAAAUAUUUCAAGUAGUUUAUCAAAUCCAUGGAGUAUUUUUGUUACAAUAACAGAUGAUAUUUAUGUCGAUAGUGAUAAUUCAAUAGGUCGAGUUACUAAAUGGACAUUAAAUUCAUCAAUUGGUAUUCCAACAAUGUAUACAUGUCAAAAGUGUUCGGAUCUUUUUGUUGAUAUUGAUAACAAUCUUUAUUGUUCAAUGCAAAAUCUUCAUCAAAUUAUGAAAAAAUCAUUGAACACCGUUUCGAAUGCAUUAUCGAUUGUUGCUGGUACAGGUAUUAAUGGAAGCACUUCUGAUAUGCUUUAUAAUCCUUGGGGAAUCUACGUUGAUAUCAAUUUUGAUUUAUAUGUGGCAGACCAAUCCAAUAAUCGAAUUCAACUCUUUCGAUUAGGACAAUUAAGUGGAAUCACAGUAGCAGGAACAGGAUCAUUGAAUACUACAAUUACACUCGAUAAUCCAACUGGAGUGGUUCUUGAUGCUGAUAAUUAUCUCUUUAUUGUGGAUAGUACAAAUAAUCGUAUUGUUGGUGAAGGAUCAAAUGGUUUUCGUUGUUUAGCUGGAUGUUCUGGUUCAAGCGGUUCAACACCUGAUAAAUUAUAUUUGCCGUAUACUCUUAGUUUUGAUAGUUAUGGAAAUAUGUUUGUCGCAGAUACUUCGAAUAGACGAAUUCAAAAAUUUGAUUUACUGAGAAAUUUAUGUGAUGAAAAUUCAACAUCAACUAUAAAUUCUGUUGUGUCAUACAAUCAACCUAAAUUCAAUGCAUGUGUUUCAUGGAGUGCCAAUGCAAGCACUUUCGCUAAUGGUACUACAGUUGGUACAUACCCUUGGGGCAUUUAUGUCAAUACUAACAACACGAUCUAUGUUGCUGAUUACCAAAAUGGUCGAAUUCAGAUAUGGAUAAAUGAUAGUAUUAAUCCAACACGAACAAUUUCUGGAAAUUUGUUAAAUCCAUAUUCUCUGUUCGUGACAAGUGAUGGUGACAUUUAUAUUGAUAAUGGAGGGUCGAAUGGUCGAGUUGAUAAAUGGACAUUAAAUGCAAAUAUUAGUAUUCCUACAAUGUAUGUUACUGCAGCAUGUUAUGGUCUCUUUGUUGAUAUUAAUAAUACUCUCUACUGUUCAAUGUUUAAUCGUCAUCAAGUUGUUAAAAAAUCAUUGGAUAAUAAUUCUAACACAACAACAAUUAUUGCUGGUACAGGAUGCAGUGGAUUCACCGCGAAUAUGCUUCAUUCUCCUUGGGGAAUCUAUGUUAAUACUAAUUUUGAUUUGUAUGUGGCAGAUUCUUACAAUAAUCGGAUUCAACUCUUUCGAUUAGGGCAAUUAAAUGCAAUAACUGUUGCAGGUAGUGGAUCUUUAAAUGCGACAAUUACGCUUUAUCAUCCAAGUGGAAUCGUUCUCGAUGCUGAUAAUUAUCUCUUUAUUGUGGAUGGUGGAUAUAAUCGUAUUGUUGGUGAAGGACCAAAUGGUUUUCAAUGUUUAGUUGGAUGUUCUACUUCUGCGGGUUCAACACCUGAUAAAUUAUAUUACCCAACUACUCUUAGUUUUGAUAGUUAUGGAAAUAUGUUUGUCACAGAUACUUAUAAUGAUCGAAUUCAAAAAUUUGUUUUAUCAACAAAUUCUUGCAGACAAACAACAAGUACAGAAGUAAUGACAACUUCAAAACUAUCGAUCAUAUCUCAAAAAUGUUUUGCACCAAGAGUAACAAUUAUUCCUGGUACAUCAACAUUAUCGUCACCAAUACAAUUUCGUCGAAGUGAAGAUUUUAAUAUAGUUUCAACGAUAGAAUUAAAUUGUAGUGGUUCAUUAUCAACAGUUACUCAAUGGAAAAUAAAAAAUUGUAGUUCAACUUGUUCAUAUCAAAUUCAGUUAGAUCAAACAAUAAAAACAACAUUUAGUGAAUUAUAUAUACCAGCAAAAACAUUGCCUUAUGGAAUUUAUGAAUUACAAUUAACUGUAACCAUGACUAAUUUAACAAAUUUGACAACAUCAUCUGCAGUUUAUGUUCAAAUAACACCAUCAGGUAUAACAGUAAAUCUUGUUCAAUUAGGUACAUCAAUGAUUACAAUUGGAUAUGAUCAAGAUCUUAAUUUUAAUCCAGGAGCAUUUUCAGUUGAUCUUGAUGGAUCUACAUUUAAUGAAAGUAAUUGGAAAUAUGUAUAUUAUUGUCGAAUUUAUGGUUUAUAUAUGUUUCCAAAUCUAAAUGGUUCAUUAUUACCAAUUGAUGAUAAUAGAAUGGAUCCUUUAAAUCCAUCAUGUUUCGCAAAUCAAACAAGAAAUGGAACAAGAUGGAAAUAUGGCACUUCAUUGAAAUCAUCAUUAACAAUUCUUUCUAAUUCACUUCAACCAAAUCAAACAUAUCAAUUUAUGGUUUAUAUGGAAAAUCGACAAAAUUCUUCUACGCAAGCAACUGGUUACGUACUUGUUACAGUUGGAACUAUUGAUUCACAAAUGAUUGCCGUUGGUUGUGUUAUAUGGACAAUGUGCACUCCAAAUUUGGAAUUUCAACUUGUUAAUCCAACAACUCAAGUUGCAUUAUUUUCUUUAUGUAUUGGAGAUUGUGAUAAUAUUCAAAAUAUAACAUGGAAUAUUUAUCAAGGCACAACAAAUAUAUCUUCAAACUCUACUCAAUGGACUUUGUUCAAUCAAAUGAAUAUCUAUGAAAAUAUUUGGUUUUUUGGAUGGAAUACAAGUAAUUUUACUGCAUUGAAUCAACUAUUUCUUAAUAAUCCGCAAAUUAAUCUUUGGCGAUUUCAAGUUAUUUAUGGAUUUGCAUUACAAGCAAGUUCGAGUGCAUUAAAUUUCAUAAUCAAUCAACCUCCUGUCAACGGCUCAUGUUCAAUUAGCCCUUAUAAUGGUACAACAAGCACUUCAUUUAAUAUCUCAUGUUCAAAGUGGUUUGAUGAAGAUGGAAUUAAAGAUUAUUCAAUUUACGCUUGGACAACAGAUCCACAAGAACGAACGUUUAUUUCAUUUUCAUCCGUGUCAAUAUUUCAAGUUCGAUUACCUUCCGGAGAUGAUCAAACAUCAUUACUUCAUCUUAUUAUUCAAAUUCGUGAUACGCUUGAUUGUAUUACAGAAUAUAGCAUGUCAUCUAUUACUGUUCUACCAGAUACGUUAGGAAUUACGAAUUUAUUAAAUAAUUUACAAAGUUCAUCGAAUGCAUUGGCAAAUGAUCCAACUAUUCAAUUGCUUUCAAGUGGAAAUCAAAAUAUUAUUGGACAAAUUAUUGGUUGUCUUUCGCAACAAUCUAAUAAAAUGAAUAGUGACGCGAUUGAUCAAGCUGUUUCAAGUGGAAUACCAGCCGCAAGUAUUUCUGUAUCUCAAUUAGGAAGUACAACUUCACAAGGAAAUUCUACUCCAUUGAAUGCAACAGCUUUAAUUCAAUAUAAAAAAGACUUAAAUUCUCAUGCAAAUCUUCGAGAAUAUUUAAUGACAUUUACAACUAAUCUUGAUAUUUCAACAUCAAAUAAUAUAAAAUUACAAGCAUCAUCAUUAGCUCAAUUAACUCAAGCAACAAAUCAAUUGACACGAACUGCUUUAACACUUGCAUUAGAUAAAUGUUAUCAAUUAUCUCUUGCUUUAUAUUCAAUUGUAACAAGAAUUUCAUAUGAAGAUGUUCAAAUAAUCACAACUCAACUGAUUCAAUGUGCAACGAAUAUUUUAACUGCUGUUAAUGGUCCACUACAACAACGAACAGAUAUAUUGGAUUUAGAUUCAUCACGUGCAACAGCAUUUCCGACGGAUUAUGAUACAGAUCUUGAAUCCGCCUGGUCAAAUCCAAAUUUAUUUUCUGAUGGAAAUGAUUUUUCAUGGGAAACAAUACAAAAAGGUCGAAAUACCUAUUAUCAAAAACAAUUAGCAAAUCAAGUUACCACUAAAGUGAAUCAAAUUCUAUCAUUACUAACUUCUAUAUCAAAUAUUCAAUUAAAUAUUGGUCAAAAUUUAAUAAUAAAUACAUCAUCAACAUUUAUGUCACUAGAAACUGUAUCAAUGAAAUCUCUUUCAAAUAAACAAGUUCAACAAGUUGGAAAUGCUCGAAUUAAUAUUCCAAAAAAUUUCAAGUCAAACAUAAGUGAUAAUUCAACAGUUUCACUUCGAUCAAGGAUGGAACCACUUGCUCCAUUGGGUAGUUUAAAAAUACAAACAGCAAAUACAAAUCUUUCGAGAUCUAUAUCACUUUCUGUUGUUGAUCGUAAUGGAAAUGAAGUUUUAAUUAAUACAGAUUCAACAGAUCCAAUUGAAAUUAUAAUUCCUCGUGAUCCAAAUGUAAUCAUUCCAUCAAUGAUUAUUCAAAAUGUAACAUCAUCAAUAGAUUCUGCACCGCAUAACCAAUUAUUUUCUUUCCAUUAUAUUAAUAUCACAAAUACACUUUCGGUUUCAGUUCAUAUUGAAAUUCAUCCAUUAGAAACAAAUAUUUCCUAUUUAUUUAUUUAUAAAUUUGAUCAAAUACCUCAAUUAAAUACUUCAAUAAAUAUUAUUGAUGGAUGGACUGUAUUUUGCCCGUUCAAUUUAACAAAUGAAAGUAUGUAUACAUAUUUUAUUGAUAAUCAACAAACAUCCGGUCAUCAAUCAAUUAUAUUUGGGUUACGAGAAUUAAAUACAACUGAAAAUAAUGAUUAUUGUUUUAAUUCUUCAACUUUAACUCCUCCAAUAACAAAUGAAAGAUUUAAUUUUACAGAAAAUUAUGAAGUUCGAAUUUAUACAUCGGGUUGUUAUUAUCUCGAUCAAAAUAAUCAAUGGAAAUCGGAUGGAUUAACAGUUGGACGAAACACAAAUUAUUAUGAAACUCAAUGUUUUUCAACUCAUUUAACAACAUUUUCUAGUGGUUUUCAAAUUUUACCUCAAUCUGUUAAUUGGAAUUAUGUUUUUGCCAAUGCUGAUUUUAUGAGAAAUAAAACGAUUUACUUAACAAUUAUCUGCGUAUCGGUAAUUUACAUUAUCUUAAUAAUUUAUGCACGUUGGAAAGAUAAAAAAGAUCUUGAAAAAUUAGGAGUAACACCAUUACCUGAUAAUCAUCAAUCAGAUGAAUAUUUAUAUGAAAUUAUUGUUUUUACUGGUCAAAGAACAGAUGCCGGAACCAAUUCAAAUGUUCAUUUUGUGAUUCAUGGUGAUGAUGAUACAACACGCAUUCGAACAUUUUCUGAUCCUCAUCGACGAAUUUUACAACGUGGUGGUGUUGAUGCAUUUGUAAUGAGUGUUCCAAAAUCAUUGGGAUUAUUAAAUUGUAUUCGUAUAUGGCAUGAUAAUACAGGUAAAGGUUCAUCAUCAUCAUGGUUUCUUAAAUAUAUAAUUAUUCGUGAUUUACAAACAAUGGAGAAAUUUUAUUUUAUUUCUCAACGUUGGUUUGCAGUUGAAAAAGAUGAUGGAAAAAUUGAACGAAUUUUACCAGUUGCAAGUGAAAUGGAGAAAAGUAAUUUUUCUUACGUAUUAUCAAAACGUACAUAUUAUAGUGUAUCUGAUGGUCAUUUAUGGUUUUCAAUAUUUUCUCGUCCACCAUCAAAUCAAUUUACACGUGUUCAACGAUGUACAUGUUGUUUUGUUUUAUUUUUUAUUUCGAUGUUUUUAAAUAUAAUGUAUUAUGAUUUAUCAAAUCAAGCAAAAAGCAAUAAUUCAGCCAGUUUAUCGGUUGGUUCUCUACAAAUUAAUUCUCAACAAAUAAUAAUUGGUAUUAUUGUUGAGUUCUUUGCAUUCAUUCCAAGUCUUUUAAUUGUACAAUUAUUUCGACGUCUUCGAUCUCGUCAAAAACAACUUUCACCAUUACAUCAAGCAUUAUAUAAAAUUAAACCACAUUUACAGAGUCAAACUGAUGUUGAUCAAAAGAAAAACAAUCGAAAAUCUUCAUUAACAUUUCCUUGGUGGUGUAUAUUUAUUGCAUAUGGACUUUGUAUAAUAUUCGUUGGUCUCUCGAUUCUAUUUAUAAUUGCUCGUGGAAUUGAAUUUGGUGAUGAGAAAACUCAACAAUGGUUAAUAUCAAUUUUAAGUGGAUUUUUCUCAUCGAUCUUUUUCUCCCAACCAAUAAAAAUAAUAAGUUUGGCAAUAAUCUUUGCUUGUUUUUGUCGAAGAUCGAAUGAUGAUUACGAAGCAAACGAAUUUUUAGAUAAUAAUCAAGUUGAUUUAAAUAAUGAUGAAGAAUAUCUUCAUUCGACUAAGAAGAGAUCUUUGUUUACCUAUCGUCCACCAGUUCGUGCAAAUCGUUUAAACGAAAGUGAAGUUAUCUAUGCUCGUGAUCGACGUUUACAAGAAAUCUAUAUGUGGUCAAUUAUUCGAGAAAUAGUUCGUUAUUUAUGGUUUUUCUCACUUCUUUCUAUUUUAACUUAUACACAUUGUGAUUUAAAUUCAUUUAAUCAAGUUGAUCAUUUACAAAAAUAUUUUCUAAAUUCAAGACAAAUCAAUUCAGAUUAUACAAAAGUUUCAACAGUAGAUGAUUAUUGGAAUUGGUUAGAAAAUAGUUUUGUUGAAAAUAUUCGUGCUCAACAAUGGUAUAAUGGUGAAGUACCUCGUAAUUUGAGUGGUUUUAUUAAUGAUAAAACAAAUCGAUUCAUUGGAUGGGCAACAAUGAGACAAUUACGUAUUAAAUCUCAAUUAUGUCAUGUUAAAAAUGAAAUUAUUUCAUCAUGUCAAUAUGAUUAUAGUUUAUCAAAUGAAGACAAAGAUCCCUAUCAACCAGGAUGGUUAAAUGAAACCAUAGAAAUAUAUAGUUUACCCAUUAGUCAAUCAUUUCAAUAUAAAUCAAGUAAAGAUUUAGAUACAUAUACUUAUAUUGGAGAUUAUGGAAGUUAUGAAGGUGGUGGUUAUGUUUAUGAAUUUCGAGGUCGUUUAGUUGAUCUUCAAAGUAAUUUAUCUACACUUCAUCAAUUAGGAUGGAUUGAUGCUAAAACAAGAGCUGUGAUUAUUCAAUUAACUUUAUAUAAUCCAAAUGUUCAAUUAUUUACUUCAGUUACUUUUCUUGCAGAAUUUGUGUCAUCAUCUGGAGUUUAUCCAACAGCUCGUUUCGAACCAUUUAAUUUUUAUGCGUUUACAUCAAAACUUCAAUUAAUUGUUAUAAUUCUUUACAUGUUAAUGAUGAUAUAUCACAUGUGGAUAGAGAUUCGAUUAUUAUUUGAACUGAAACGGAAAUAUUUUUAUCGAUUCUGGUCAUAUAUAGAAGUUGGAAUAAUUGUAUGUGCAUGGACAAGUGUUGGAAUUUAUAUUUGGCGAUAUCAUCAAUGUGAACGUAUUGGUCAAUUAUUUAAAGAAACAAAUGGAUAUGUUUAUAUUAAUUUACAAUUCGCAUCUUAUGUUAACGAUAUUUUAACAAUUUUAUUGGGUUUUUCUUGUUUUUUUGGUACAAUCAAAGCCAUUAAACUUUUGCGUUUUAAUCAACGUCUUUGUUUAUUUAUUGAAACACUUAAAUACGCAAGAACAGAUCUAAUACCAUUCUCAAUGAUGUUUUCAAUUAUAUUUAUAGCAUUUCUUUCUCUUUUUUAUUUAUUAUUUAGUGGAAAGAUUUCUUCUUGUUCAAGUUUAUUAGACACGGCACGUAUGUUAUUUGAGAUUAUGUUGAUGAAAUUUGAUGCACAUGAAUUAAGUGAAGCAUCCGCAUUUCUUGGUCCAUUUUGUUUUAGUUUAUUUAUUAUUUUUGUUGUCUUUAUUUGUAUAAGUAUGUUUCUUUCAAUAAUUAAUGAUAAUUUUCGUCGUGCAAGAGAAAAUGUUGAUCUACAUAAUCAACAGAUCUUUUCAUUUAUGUUGAAGAAAUUUCAACGAUGGACAGGUUUGAAAAAUAUAACAGAUGAGGAAAUCCAAGAAGAACGAGAUAUUCGAAUGCGAUCACAAUAUUUUGAUCCAAUUGAACGUUUUCCUGAUAGGAUUGAUCAAUUAUUAGAUGCAUUGAAUAGAGUACGUUCGAAUUUUCAUUAG